AUGGCUUGGAAACCGACGCGCUACAAAGUGGACAUAACUGCACUCAGCGAGACCCGGUUCUCCGAACAAGACCAACUGGAGGACGUGGGUGCCGGCUACACCUUCUUCUGGGGCGGCCGUCCCAGGGCAGAGCAAGGGGACGUGGGCGCCGCCUUCGCCAUUCGAAACGACGUCGUGGGACGACUUUCCUGUCUGCCGCAGAUUAUCAACGAUCGCCUGAUGAGCCUCCGCCUGCCUCUCCAGGGAGGCAAAUUCGCCACCAUCAUCAGCGCCUACGCUCAGCCGAUGACCAGCCCUGACGAGGCGAGGAACAAAUUCUACGAGGACCUGCACCCCCUCCUGGCGUCUGUGUCGAAGGCGGAUAAGUUGAUUGUCCUUGAUGAAUUUAACGCCUGUGUUGGCACAUACCUUGCUGGCUGA